AUGAUUAGGAAAAGGUGGCCAUGCUUAUUUGAGAAGGUUCCUCCUACCAUCUUUUUACUCUGGAAGAUCAAUGAUACUGGGGAAGAUACAUCAAUUGAUAAACAAAUUGAAGAAUAUUCUCUUGGGAAACGUCAAAAUGAAAUAGGACUGCCUCCAUAUGAGAUAAGAAACAUGGGGCCUGUCGUAGAUAGUAACGUUAUGAAUAUAACUGGAGAAGAAAAUACUGGCCGUGUCGACUACGCCAUCAAGAAGAUCCUGGACGAUUUGCUCGAAGAAAUAAUUUGCAUAACCGAGGGCAAACUAAAUCAGGCGACUGUGGGUAUGUAUAAGCAUUUUUCGUUACAGGCUGAUCGCGGGUAG